AGACGGUCGUCAUUUUGGUGAGCACCAGGUCCAUCAUGGCGAGACAUCUCCGCUUCAUCGCUCGGACAGUGAUGGUCCAAGAUGGGAAUGUGGACGCUGCAUACAAGACUUUAACCAGGGUCCUGAAUCAAGAUGGAAUUAUUGACACAGUGAAGAGGAAGCGUUACUACGAGAAGCCAUGUCGAGAACGAAUCCGGAAAAACUUUGAGAACUGCAGGAGAAUCUACCACUCUGAAAUGGCCCGGAAAAUUGCCUUCAUCUCCCGGACAAACAGAGAGGACCCUUGGCUUGGCUGCUGAUCAUAUGGAGUAUAUUGAAGAAAGAAACAUUUUAUGAAAAGACACAUUAGUAAGCGAAGGAAACUGCAAGAAGUGUGAACUGGGGAAUAUGGUCAAUACAUUGUUAUGAUACUGUAUGUGCAGUUAUAUAAACAUUGAUUGGCUAAA